AUAUAAACAUGAAUCUGAAACGCCGUUCAGCUCAGUACGAUUUCAGUGGUGCAACCGCAAGAAGAAUAUUUCCACAUGGAACCAGAGGAACCUCAAGUGGGUUUUGGAUUGUUUGACGACUUUCCCGAAGGAGAGCCCCAUCCAUUGCAAAUUGAUAUAUUCGAAGAUGACGUGGACGUAAUGAAUCAGUUGGUUAGUGCAAAAAAUAACAUUUAUCGUCCCUUGAAGGAAGGAACUGAGCUACAGCGUGCCAUACGCAGUGGCAAUCAAACUAAAAUUGACGGUUUGCUGAACGCGUAUCAGUUGGAUUUCAACAAAAUCCGAGACUAUUUGCUGCUGAAAUAUCAAUGGGACCCAGAGGAUAAAAUAUGGUUGAGGAAGAUCAAUUUGGUGGCGAUCGAUGAUGAUCAAUGCCGGAGUGUUAAGAUUUUGGAAAAGAAAUGUGCAUCUAAUGAAAAGGUGGAUUUCGAGCGGUCGGUAUUUGUGUUGCUUCAAACACCGGUUGACGGUGAAGAGGUUGCAGUGCUUCAUACCGAAAUUGACAAUCAUGUGGAGCUGUUUCGAACCAUCUAUAAAUUAUUUCCAAAUGGUUAUCUAGCAUUGACCUACAGCAUGGAACAAAACGGAAGAUGGGAGACUUUUAUCGAAACAGCCGCUGCUCGUGGAAAUAACCUUGCAAUCGAUCGAUUGUACUCUAUGGGAGCACAAAUAUGUCCACCACAACAUAAUCCUCUUUUGUCUGCUUGUUCAACACUUCGAAGAGACACUAUUCGUCAUUUGUUGGAAAAAUAUUUUGAUAAUUUUGAUUUUACACAACGUAAUUUCCAUACGAAUGCUUUCACUCUGAUAAUGCAGAAAAAUGACGACAAAAUUAUGGAUUACGUUUUAAAAAAGAUGAUAAAUUAUCGGCAGAGGUAUUACAAUGAAAGUGCAUCACAGGCUUUUAACAAUAUUUUUCGUUACGAAUAUGAUGACUGCACCUACAUAUCAGUUCUGUAUUACCUAAGACCAGGACCGAUGCGACAGAAGAUUGAGCAAUAUAUUUCAGAAUAUGAACUAAAUCUGUCAUAUCAGUGGCAGAAUGUUACCAUAUUGGCUGAACUCCUUCAAAGAAAGCUGGCAUUGGAAUACUGUAGGGCUGGAAUCCGAAGAAAUCCGUCCCUGCUGGGAAUACUUCUACACAACGAAUCGACGAUCUUACACGAAUGUAUUCGGAGCGGAGAGUUCAAUCUUCUGAAAGACAUGUAUUCACUUCAUUCCGAAGUAAAGAGGCAUUUUGAAAUGGAAUAUGGCUUCACAUGUUUCGGAGAAGCUUUGUACAAUAACCGCCAUGAAACAAUAGAAUUCAUACUGGAAUACCACAAGACGUUUUUGCUAAGUGACAUGGAGCGUUUGCAAAACAUUUUGGUGAACAGGAAUAAUGCCAAAAACUUCUUAGAAUUGAACGAAUUGAUUUUUGUGAAACAUUUUCCUGAGUUCAAAGAACAAAUAGAAGAAGCAAUUGAGAAAGCCCAUGAGCUUCAAAUCUCCAAAGAUUUAGUAAGGGAAUUCAACGAAAUCACAGAAAGCUUGAAAGCAAACCCAUCCAAUGUAUCAAAGUAUCAACAUAUUCUAAGCAGCCUUCGAGGUCAUGCAGGGGAAACCGCAUUGCACUUUGCUGUAGAAAACGACAAUCUCCCCUUGUUCAAAGAUCUUUUGCACGCGGGAUGUGAUCUGAACGCAGUGGAUGACGAAGGAAAUCAUUGCAUACAUAUUGUACGCAGCGUUGAAAUGCUAAACUUCAUCAUCGAUUACCACCCAGAUGGGCGAUCAUUAAUCAACCGUGUGAAUUCCGCUGGAUAUUCAGUGCUUCAGAAGAUUUGUUCUAGUUACACAAAUCAAAAUUCCUUGAUUAAAUUGUUGGAUACUGCCAUCGAGCUCGGAGCGGAUGUAAAUCACCGCACAAACAAUGGAGAAACUGCAGUCUUCGUGACAUGGAACUGCGCUGUGCUUCAGAUACUUUUGAAUCAUAAGAUCGAUCUAUCCGUAGUGAACAACGCUGGGGAAAAUGCUCUUUUGCAAACGCUCGCCUAUCAGAACAGUUGGGUUGCUGCGAAAUUGCUGCCACUUUUCUGGAAUCACCCAUCAUUCGAAGAGAAUGCUCACAAAUAUCUGCAUCCACUAAUAAGAACCAAGCGAUAUACUUUCAAAUCCGAUUACCAUUCUCUGUUGGUCGCGAACCCGGACAAGACCAAACUGAUGUUUGAUGCCGUAUACAAACAUUCCCGAGACGAGGCUUCCCGUCUUUUCGCUUUGGCUUGCAGCCGAUCCCGCCAUUUUUUCGUGGAAAAGUUCUUGGAGUACAACUACGAUCUGGACUUCAACUGUAAGGAUGAAUAUGACUACACCCCAAUCAUGGGUCUACUGGAUUUUAGCAAAGAAGAACCCGGGGACCUUGUUCGGCAGCUGUUGGAGAAAGGCGUCGAUCUUGAAAUUCCAAAUCCUUGGGGCCAAACUCCUUUGCUCAUUCUGGUGAGUAGGUUUGCCUCGGCUCGGUGGACCGGUCAGGCUUUCAGUAUGGUUCAGCUGUUGUUGGACCAUGGAGCGCUGAUCAAUACGGCAGAUCGUGAUGGCAACACCGCGCUACAUUUGGCUUUCCGAAGGGAUGAAUGGGAGUUGAUUGAACUGUUGUUACGAAAUGGGGCGGAGUUCACAACGAAGAAUAACAAUGGUGUUAUGGCUUAUGAAAUGGGAGCAAUCGUAAAUAAGGAAAUUUUCAGAAUCAUUAAUCCCGAUCGUCUGCGUAGUUCGUCCACCAAAUGAUUUAUUUUCCGUAAUACUUAUGUAUUUAUUUUUUCAACCGGCGUAGACUAGCACAUUUGCUUAAGAUUUUCUUUUAUAUAUUGCUUUCAAAGUUAUAAGAUAUGCAAAAUAUAAUCAUGUUGAAAUUCAGCAACUGAUACUUUUAUGGAUGUAAAUAAAAGCCGAUAAGAUGAUGAUGAUGAUGAUGUUACCGUAUAGUGUAGCAAGACAUUUAUGUAUCGUACUAGUCAUAUCUGACCAAUAAUUUGAUCCAGCUUAUAUUGUUUGUAUUUCGUCAGACAAAUGGUCAAACAUUGGUGAAAUUGUUCCACAAGCAGAAACAGUUAUACAAAAUCCAUGGGAGAUUUUCCUCCCAGAAGAAAAUUCCUACACACAAAAGUGCUAUAAAGCCCCUGUUUCCAGAAAUCCCAUUGAAAGAAGUUAUUAUUACUUAUUCAGGCUAUAUUUGAAGUGGCAGUACAUACUUCGCACGUAAGAAUAUCCGUAAACAUACCUGGCAACAUCCGAGUGGGGACAUUUGCUCACAGAUAGACCACCUGCUGAUCGACGGACGACAUUUCUCGGAUGUUAUAGAUGUAAGGUCCUUCAUAGGUCCGAACAUUGACUCGGAUCACUACCUUGUAGUUGCAAAAAUUGGGGCGUAAAUUUGUCACGAAUUCACGAAACAACAGAACGAUGUGUUUCAAUAUUCAACGAUUGGUAGUUGAAGGAGUUGCUUAGCAGUACCACCAGAAGCUGGACGAGCGGAUAGGAGAUGCCACCGGAUCUGGCGACGUCAACAGAUUGUGGGAAAAUAUCCACGAAGCUGUGACUACAACAGCGCAAGAAGUGUUAGGCACUGCACAGCGACGCCAGUGAAAUGGUUGGUUUGAUGAGGAGUGCCAGCGAGUGACGGACAAGAAAAAAUGUUGCUAGGAGUCGAAUGCUAGUAGCCAACAGAGAGCGGUAGGGGAGACUGGGUAGACUUGAUCCCCUUUUCUUAUUUCCGAUGUAUCACAACCAAAAAUAAAUAAACAUACGCGAUUUUCACACAGACUCGCUAAGAAA